AGUCCGACGGGUGAGCAAGCCGUAAACUUACUCUGAUGGGAGUUUGUCUAUGUAUGUUGCUCCAAGUUGCUGAAUGAAGUCGAUUUAUGUGCUAUACCCGAAUAACAAGUGUCUAGAUUAAAUUUAGUGAUCGUUUGAAGUACUCCGAGGGUUUGUAUGGAGGGCGUGAACUGUUGUUUAGAAGUUGGAGGGAGAUACUUCAUGGAAGGAAGGAAUUAGAAAUGACUGCAUUCGCAGUUUAAGUGCUUGCUUACUGGUUGUACCUAGAAUUGUCACAAUAAUUACUGUGGUCUGGAAAUACCCAGUAUAUAUUGUGCCUUGUGUAUAGCAAUGUGCUAAGAAUUCAUGAUCAUAUAACGGACAAGACAUUUUGUGGCUAAAAUUAUUUUGUGAAUUUAAAAGGUGAGCUCAUGGUGAACAAUUUGGCCAGACAAAAACUCUGUUUCUCAUUUGCCCAUUGCCAUUGACACCAGGCCUGGUUUAAAGGAGCUAAUGUUGAAUCGAUUCAAGACUGCCCUGUAUAAUGUGGUUGGGAGCUUUGACCCUGGUGAUGGCACCCUUGGGGGACUGGGUCCAGGAGUAACAAAUAACCUGCCAACCGCUCCUGGGGUUGUGAGGACUGGAGUUUUAAGUAGCAGCUCAAAAGAAAAGAAUCUUCGAUUCCCAUACACACGACCCCACUUCUUGCAACUUGGCUCAGAAGAUGAGAUUCAGGUGACUGCUGACCAUGCCAUCAGACCAAUUAUAUGCCCUCGUGACAUAUCCAGGUUACCAUGGAAAAGUGGAUAUGCAGAAACCAUCAAUGCAGGAAAGUCAAAACGAAAUGAAGACCAAGCCAUCGUCCAUGUUGGCCUUCUCACGCGUCCUAUUAAACAGGGUGCAUCCAACUCCAAAUCUUCUUCAUUGUCACAAGAAAAGAAUUCCUCUGUUAAAUCUGAAUUGCUAAUAAAUGGUCAUGGUGAUGAAACAGAACAGAUACGAACAGAAGUGCAAGAACAUACUGUCAUAUUAUCACCUCAGGGAUCAACACUCUCCGCUAGUCCUGCAACAGAAUUGAAAGAGGAUUAUAAUCAUCCCAACAGCAGUUUGCAAGAUGACAGCAGCAGUAAUGGGCUUAGCAAAAUACAAAUUGAACAAGGUGACACAGUUCAUCACCCAUUAGCAGACACCACUCCUAGUCAAUCAUCCAAGUCACUGUCAAGACAACCGUCCACUCCCCAGCAACCAUCAACUUCAUCAAUAUCUCUUCCCUAUUACCUUUUUGGUGUGUUUGAUGGACAUGCUGGUUGGGGAGCAGCUGUAGCAGCAGCAAACCAACUUCAUCACAUUAUCCAUGAGAAAUUGUGUGAUGUACUGGACAUUCUGAUUCCUGACCCCUUUGACGACAGGAGUUCCAAGGUACAAGCUCCUUUAUGGGCACCUGAAAAAGAAGUAACAGUGGAAAGUGCAGUAACAGGGGCCCUAGAAAAUGCCUUUUGGCAAAUGGAUUCCAUUAUUGGGGAAGAUAGGCUCAAGUUCCAAUUAGCAGGUGGAUGUACUGCUUGUGUGGCUGUGUUUAUUCAUGGUAAACUGUUCAUUGCUAAUGCUGGAGACUCCCGUGGGGUAUUGUCUCUUAAUGGUCAGCCAUUCCCUAUGUCCUUUGACUUUACCCCAGAGACAGAAACUCAACGAAUUAGAAAACUGGGGGCCAUGCAUCCUGAGUUACUUGGAGGAGAGUUUACCCAUUUGGACUUUAUACGACGACCACUGAGGCAUGACCUAGGCAAACGAGUGUUGUAUCGUGAUCACUACAUGAGUGGAUGGGCUUACAAGACCCUAACACAGGAUGAUUUGAAGUACCCAUUGGUCUGUGGUGAGGGGAAGCGGAGUCGUGUCUUAGCUACAAUUGGAGUUACUAGAGGAUUUGGAGACCAUGAUCUUAAGGCCCAGUGCUCCUCAAUACCCAUCAAACCCUUCCUUACUCCUGAACCACAGGUGAGAAUAUUCGAUGUAGCAUCAGCAGACCUAACAGAUGGAGAUGUAUUGGUUCUGGCUACAGAUGGUCUGUGGGACAUCACGUCCAAUGAAGCAGCUGUAUCGACAGUGGUUAAAUCUCUCUCACAUUUCCCAGCUGAGGAUCAUGACAAAUACAAAUACAGAUACACAAGUGCAGCUCAAGACCUUGUAAUGGCCUCUCGUGGAAAGCUUCGAGAACGUAAUUGGCGUACCAGUGAUGACAAACAUGCAACUAUUGAUGAUAUUUCUGUCUUUGUCAUUCCUCUGAAAUCUUACCAAGAGGCCUACCAAGAAUGGACUUCAAAACAAGAAGCAAAUAUUGGUGACCCCAAGAAAUCCUCCUCAGGAAACAGCAAUAAUGUUAAUAGGACAUGUGAUGCUAGUGAAGUGAAUGUGGUAUCUACAGAAAAAAGUUCAUGCAAGGAAGAGACAGAUUUAUGUCCCUCAGUCGUACAGAAUAGUGAGGAAUCACUUAUUCAUGAGAAAGAUUCUCUUGAAUUCAGACCACAAGAAGAUUAUUUCAAAAAAGAAGUUAAUCAGGAAGCACAAACAAAAAGACAUUCAGAUGAAGUCCUGGAGUCUUCAUAGUAAAAGACUUACCGAUGAAGUCUUGGACACUUGUUUACCGUGAGGUCUCAUAGUAGUUUGGACAAGUAUACUAGUCCUUGUUUAUUACUUUGCAGGGUUGGAACUCCUUGGAUGAUAAUAACCAAAGAGUACUUCUCUUGUGAUUAUGCAUGAUACACACGUAAUUGUUUAAACAUUUGUUAAUGGCUUUUUAAGAGAGUCAAGAGUAUCUUUUUUUCUCUCUUAUAGAGCACGUUCUUUUACCAAAGUAUUGUUGUAUUAUUUAAAAUAUUUAUUCUCAAAUACUGUAUAUGAUGGCAAAGUUACAAAUCCUAUCAUGGGUUUUAUAUGUCAUUAAUGAAGACAGAGGUUUUACAUUGUAUUUCAUAAGGAUUGAUAGAGGUGGCUUAGAAAUAUGUGAGUGGAAGUAAAAGUCUUUGGACUGUCACAAUAUCAUCAGAUAUGGUACUGAAUAAAAUUAUUUGUUAAUUUGUUUAGGAACUGUAGUUUGUCUAGGAAAUUUAUUUAAAGAAUCUUGCAAUAUGCUUAACUACUGUGUGAGAAAAAAUAGAGAGCAUAGGGUACUGGUAUAUUGUGCUGCGAUUAGAAACACGCCAAGGUCAGUAUAUGAAGAGAAUGAUGCAGUUUAUAGCUUUUCUUGCAAAAUAUCCCAUGUAAAUUCUAGGGUAUUAAAUGUACAAAUGAAACUUUAAUUUGUUCGUGUAACAAGAUUAAUGGGGCAAUGCCUAAAAAUAGAUUAGUAAGACCUGUUGAUGAUUCAAAUGUACUGUACUUAAAAGAAUACAACUUUGCCAUAUCUUUGCUCAAGCUUGUAUAGUUUGAUUAAGCUAGGGAAAUUAAGCUUUCAGUUUGGAGGCAUGAUUUUUUUUCCUUGGGUACUGUAUAUGGAAGUCUUAGGGGAGGUUAAUUGUGCAGUAUCCUGAACACGCCUUUGGUAAAACAGUGUAUUGCAAUGGAUGUCUUAAUGAAUGUAGUGAUUGGUAGUUUAUAUGGCCCAAAUUUUAGGGGGAAUUAUUUGUCAUGGUUAAAAAUGUUGAUUUAUUCCUUAAAGUUCAUUCCUCAAACUUGUUCCAAGGGAUUAGUAAUGCAGCCGUUUGUUACUCCUUAUUUAUACUCGUGUGAAUCCUGAGAAUUAUCAUUUGCUUCUUCGGAGGACUAUGUAUGAUGACAGAUGACAACUCCAAAAUAUUGCAUCACAAGAAACUGAGAGCUUGGUUAAAGUUUGUACUCUCUUGAAAGGUUAUUAGGUAUAGGCUCACUUUCCUAUGAAAUAUGUUGUAUAUAGAUGGUGCUGUUAUUUUUACUGAAUUUGAGAGAAUGGCGAACUAUUUUGAUGAUGCAGAAGAAGGAAAGGCUAAAGUGUACAGUAUUAAAAAAAGAAACAUUCUAGUUUUCAAAAAUGAUAACAGAGUCAUAGUAAUGUUUGCUUGAGUAAAGAUAAACUAAAAAGUAGUAGAUGAUGUAGGUAUUUGAUGUCUAUGUUUAACAAGACUGACAGUGGGAAAAUUGGAGAUGAAAGUAAAUCUUUGCAAGAAAGGUGUGUUACAGGUACCUUGUGAAUUUUGUUGAAUGAGGUAAGUAAUGUGUGGAAUAUGAGAGAAGCCAGCUUGAGGGAUAUGAAACUCGGAGGUUUCAAACUACUAGACAUAAGUAAAAAGUGAGAGCAGUAGGAAUGAAUAAUUUGCUGAAGUAGCUACUUUGGCAAUAAUAUUGAGGUUAAACAAAUUCAUGUAAUAAAGAGUGAAGUAAGAAAUAUAUUUGCACAGUGAAAAAAUCCCUAAGAAAAUGCUUGGAAAAUACUGUAUUGAAAUAGGAUUGGUAGGGUGUAUAAAGAAUGAAAUGAGAUUAUAAAUCAUUGAAGGUGGUAUUUUGGAAGGUUGGAGGUGGGAAGGUAAACAGUACUGUACAAGGGACUGGUGGGCCGAUAAUCAAAUUUCUAAUUAUCCAGGAACAUGUCUCUGGAAAUUAUGAGAGGAGUGAAAAGAUUGCACAUAGUGGAGAAGAGUGUUUUAAGAAAGUAGAAAAAUUAAUGCAAUUGGAAACCUCUCCAACACUCGGUUUAGCUAAUUAGGUAUAAAGAAUACAGGCAGUAUAAUGUACUGCAGAAGUUAAAAAAUUUCUUUCGGUUCUUUGACUUGGUUGUUUCAUCUGUCCCACCCCACUUAGGUGUGAAGGGAAUAUUGGUGACAGAUGCAAGUAACAUGUUAAGAAGACUUAUCUAUGAGAUACCAACCCAGUGGAGCUUAGUAGAUAAUGAAGAACAAAACUCAGUUCCUAAUGUCAAGAUGAAUAUGGGGCCUCAAAAUAAAAAUGCAUGGUAUUAUGAUAGACUUACUGGCAGCCAGUACUAUGUUGUACAUUUAGAAUAAAAAGUGGGAUUCCGGUUUCUCAUCCGAUUUUUUUUUUUUUUUUUUAUCGUUAUGUCUUGGGUACUAAUAAUUUAUUUCUUGGGUCCUAUUUUCUGUACAGGCGAGUCCUCUUUGCAGAUGUUGACGAUAUAUGUAGAAUUAUAUAUAUUUAUAUGAGUGUAAAGGAUUCUGUUCAGUUUACUUUUCCCUGAUAACUCUUUCGUCAUCUGUUGCAAAACUUGUGCUUUAUUUUCAAUGAUUGUAGAACGAUUGUGAUAUUAUGUAGUGAAAUAUAAGCUGAUGUAAUGCUAUAAAGUUAUGAUUAGUCUUGAA